ACAUGGAAGAGACAGGAAGAGACAUGGAAGUGACAUGGAAGAGACAGGAAGAGACAUGGAAGAGACAUGGAAGAGCUCCUUGACUGAGACAUCAUCUUCUUCACCGAGGUUUAGUCUGAAGAGAAGUGUCUUCAGUCUGGAGGAAGAUGUGUGGACUUCCUGUCCUGAUGUCGAUGUGGAGCUCGUUCCACCAAUUAGGAGACAGGACAGGAAACAGUCGUGAUGUUGUUGAGUGACAGCUGUCCCUCGCAGCUGAUUGGCAGAUGCAGCGCGGAGUGGGCGGGCUGUAAGGUUUGACCAAGAGGAACUCAUGGUGUGUCACGUGGUGGUUUGUCACUGACAGUUUGAACACGUGAUGUUCAGUCUGUCACAUGAUUCGACUCAGGGGACUUCCUACCAGACGCUUUCAAAAUAAAAGGACAGUGAAAUAUCAAGCAUACUGGCAGCAGUGGAUAUUUUUACAACGCGCUCAAUCCGUUUCUAAAGUCUGACUUUAUUAGAUUAAAUUUAAGAUUCUGAUUAUUCAUAUUCGUAUUUAUUUGUCUCAAUGUAUCAAUUCAUACAAAAUAUUGAUAAACAAUCUUUCCUUGAUUUCUUGAGAAGGAUGAAACCGGAAGCCUGUGGUCACAUCCGGUCGUGCUGCUCCGGCUAACAGAAGCUAACCGAAGCUAACCGAAGCUAACCGGACCAAAGCGCUGCGCCCCGGCUGCAGGUGUGAAGAGGCGGCGGCAGGUGUGAGACAAGAUGGGGGAACAUUACCUGGAGCUGUGCGAACAUCCGGUGCAGUUUGAAAACGCGUCCAGCGUCAACAACGUCUUCUUCGACGAGGCUAACAAACAGGUGUUCGCGGUGCGUUCAGGUGGAGCCACUGGUGUGGUCGUCAAAGGUCCAGAUGACAAGAGCAGCGUCGCCUUCAGGAUGGACGAUAAAGGAGAAGUGAAGUGCAUCAAGUUUUCUAUUGGAAAUAAAAUCUUGGCCGUACAGAGAACGUCAAAGUCUGUGGAUUUCAUCAACUUCAUACCCGACUAUCCGCACACAGAGUUCACCCAGGAAUGUAAGACCAAGAACGCCAGCGUGUUGGGUUUCUGUUGGACCAACUGGAACGAGAUUGUCUACAUCACCGACCAAGGAAUCGAGUUUUACCAGGUGUUUCCAGACAAGCGCAGCCUGAAGCUGCUGAAGAGUCAGAGCAUCAAUGUGAACUGGUAUCAGUACUGUCCAGAGACGGCUGUCAUCCUGCUGUCCACCACCGUGCAGGGAAACAUCCUGCAGCCCUUCGCCUUCCGGAACGGGACCAUGUGCAAAAUGUCCAAGUUUGAGAUCGAGCUGCCGGUCGUCCCCAAACCUGCCAAACUCAGCCUGUCGGAGAGAGACAUUGCCAUGGCAACCAUUUAUGGUCAGCUGCAUGUGAUGUAUCUGAAGCAUCACUCGAGAACAGCCAACAGUCCGUGUGCAGAGGUGGUGCUGUAUCACUUACCAAGGGAGGGGGCGUGUAAAAAGAGUCACGUGUUGAAGCUGAACACGACGGGGAAGUUUGCUCUGAACAUCGUGGACAACCUGGUGGUCGUUCAUCAUCAGAGCUCUCAGACGUCUCUGAUCUUCGACAUCAAGCUGAAGGAGCCUGAAUGUGCCGUCAACACCCACCAGCCCGUCCUACCUGCUCGCUCCAUCCACCCCUACAGGAUCCCACUGUCAGGUCCUGCGGUCGUUCCCUCUCAGCCUCCAGUUCCCUGUCAGCUCUACUCCUCCUCCUGGAGCGUCUUCCAGCCUGACAUCAUCAUCAGUGCCAGUGAAGGUUACCUGUGGUACCUGCAGGUGAAGCUGCCUCCGACUGUCAACCUGCUGCAGGACAAAGGCAAGCUGAUGGACUUCCUGUUACGACGCAGAGACUGCAAGAUGGUCAUCCUGUCCGUCUGCUCGCAGAUCCUGGACGCCGCAGAGAAGGGAAGUCUUCCUGUGGUGGCGACUGUGUUCGACAAACUCAACCAGGUGUACAAAGACUAUCUGGAGGCGGAGCAGAGCUACACCGUGGCGAUGGAGUCCGGCCCGAGUCGAGGCAGCGCCGCUCCGAAACGUCCCGUCAGAACUCAGGCUGUCAUCGACCAAUCAGACAUGUACACACACGUCCUGUCAUCGUUCACCGAGAGGAAGGGCGUGUCUCAUAAGUUCAUCAUCGCGGUGCUGAUGGAGUACAUUCGCUCUCUGAACCAGUUCCAGAUCACAGUUCAGCAUUACUUGUACGAGCUGGUGAUUAAAACUCUGGUGCAGCACAACCUCUUCUACAUGUUGCAUCAGUUCCUCCAGUAUCACGUCCUCAGUGACUCCAAACCACUGGCCUGUUUGCUUCUGUCUCUGGAGAGUACAUAUCCUCCUGCUCACCAGCUCUCACUCGACAUGUUGAAGCGUCUGUCCACGGCCAACGACGAGAUCGUGGAGGUUCUGUUGUCCAAGCAGCAGGUUCUGGGAGCGCUCCGGUUCAUCCGCAGCGUCGGUGGACACGACAACGUGUCGGCCAGGAAGUUUCUGGACGCAGCGCGACAAACCGGAGACCAGAUGUUGUUCUACACCGUGUUCAGAUCGUUCCAGCAGAGAAACCAACGUCUGAGAGGAAGUCCUGGAUUUAACCCUGGAGAACACUGUGAGGAGCACGUCGUCCACUUCAAGCAGCUGUUCGGGGACCAGGCGCUGAUGAAAGCCUCCACCGUGUAAACCACCGGGACCAAGACAAAUAUCCACCAAGAAUUAAAGUGUGAACCAGGUUUGACAUCACGUGUCACUCAGUGUCAACAUGGAACUGACGAGUCAUUGAAGUGGAUCAGAAACCGAUUCAGUUCCAUUAACCUGAGACGUGUCACAUGAUCGUGUGUUGAUUCCCUGUGGCAGCUCUGAUGUCACGUGUUAUCACCUGAUGUGGGCGGGACCUGUAAAGUAUGAUUUCUGUACAUAGGAAAUGAAUGAGUUCCACAAAUUGUAUUUAUUUUGUAUGAUAAAGAGGAAAUGAUGUCACUAACCGUCAAACUGUUUAAUUAACAAUCUGCAUUAAAAUCUUUCUAUUGUUCAUGACAAAUAUUGACUGUGUAUAAAUUAUACUCGUGUGCAGCGAAUAAAAUAUCUAAGUGUU